CCGCGGCCUUGCUGUCUCCGCUCCCCCCGCGCCCGGGACCCCCGGCCCCCGUCUCGCCAGCUCGCCGGGUCCGGCCAUGGGCCCCGCCGCUCGCCCUACGCUGAGGUCGCCACCGCCGUCUCCGCCGCCGCCGCCGCCCCCGUCGCCGCUGCUGCUGCUGCUGCCCCUGCUGCCGCUGUGGCUCGGCCUGGCGGGGCCCGGGGCUGCGGCGGACGGCGGCGAGCCCAGGGCCGGGGCGGGGCGGGGCGGAGCCCGCGCCGUGCGGGUGGACGUGAGGCUGCCGCGGCAGAACGCUCUGGUCCUGGAGGGUGUCAGGAUCGGCCCCGAAGCCGACCCGGCGCCCCCACUGGGCGGUCGCCUGCUCCUGAUGGACGUCGUGGAUGCCGAGCAGGAGGUGCCGGUAGAAGGCUGGAUUGCAGUGGCAUACGUGGGCAAGGAGCAGGCGGCCCAGUUCCACGAGGAGAAUCAGGGCAGUGGCCUGCAAGCCUAUCCCAAGGCUCUGGUCCGGCAGAUGCGGCGGGCCCUGUUUCUGGGAGCCUCUGCCCUGCUUCUCCUCAUCCUGAACCACAACGUGGUCCGAGAGCUGGACAUAUCCCAGCUUCUGCUCAGGCCGGUGAUCGUCCUCCAUUAUUCUUCCAAUGUCACCAAGCUGUUGGAGGCACUGCUGCAGAGGACCCAGGCUACAGCUGAGAUCACCAGUGGGGAGUCCCUGUCGGCCAACAUUGAGUGGAAGCUGACCCUGUGGACCACCUGUGGCCUCUCCAAGGAUGGUUCCGGAGGAUGGCAGGACUUGGUAUGCCUGGGAGGCAGCCGUGCCCAGGAGCAGCCCCUGCAGCAGCUGUGGAACGCCAUCCUGCUGGUGGCCAUGCUCCUGUGCACAGGCCUCGUGGUCCAGGCCCAGCGGCAAGCAUCGCGGCAGAGCCAGCGGGAGCCCGGAGGCCAGGUGGACCUGUUUAAGCGCCGCGUGGUGCGGAGACUGGCGUCCCUCAAGACACGGCGCUGCCGUCUGGGCAGGGCAGUGCAGGGCCUCCCGGAGCCCAGCGCCGAGACGUGCGCCGUGUGUCUGGACUACUUCUGCAACAAGCAGUGGCUCCGGGUGCUGCCCUGUAAGCACGAGUUCCACCGAGACUGUGUGGACCCCUGGCUGAUGCUCCAGCAGACCUGCCCGCUGUGCAAAUUCAACGUCCUGGGUGAGCAGCAGGCGUGGGGCCCCUUGGCCGACACCACCUGGCACCCACCCGAUGCCGCCAUCCCUGUACUUUUUCCUCUUCCCCUGCAGGGAACCACUACUCAGAUGACUAGCUGCCCCCGCUGGACUCUGCACGUGCAAUGGACUCCUCUUGCCUGUACCCCGCCCUCAGCCUGGGCUACUGAGACAGGACAGUGGGAUGGACGGGACAGCAAGCCCUGUGGGUGGGAGGACAAGGGCCCCACCAUAUCCACACUGGGAAGGAAGGACCCGCAGCGUCAGGCUGAGGAUGCAGGGCUUGGAGCUGCCGUGCAAGGAGAGGUUGCUUUGGGGCCCUUCUCUGGAAUCCUGGGACAUCUGUGUCUACCCUUGUCACAGGCAGCUCCCAGGUCACUGGGGGAAGAGAAAUGUGGGGCCAGUGCAGCUGUGGGCUCUGGGGACUCUCUGUGGCCUGCCAGGGCAUCCCUGAGGGCUGAGGCUUGGUGGCCAGGUUUUGUGCUUAUUUAUUGACGGGGUGGACCGAAGGAAGAGCUGUCUGGUGUUGGGACACCCUGGCCUGGCCAUCCUUCAGGACAUGUCUUGGUCAAAGCUGUGAAGUUAAACCCAGAGAUUCCUUGAGGCCCUGGGACUCCUGGGUCCUGCGGCCUGUGCAGCUGGGCUGCCUUCCUGGGCCGCCUUCCUGGGCCUGGCUGGGCCCAGAGGCCUUAGAAACCAUCUAGUCCUGUACUUCUAGUUGGGCUGUGUGUCGCUGACCAGGAUACUUGAAGCCACAGGAAAAAUGUGGUGCAUCUUCCGGGGCAUCCUUUUUUUAAAACAGUUGGGGGUGGGAAGGUUUAAUAGUAAAAUAAACAUGGAUAUAUUUUAAC